AGUUUGUUUUGGUUGCUGUCAAUCAGUAACAGCUGGGAGCUUCAGAUUGGUCGGUUUAACGUGUAAUCUUUGAGGUACACUAGAGGGCAGCACUGAAGUAAACAGGCAACAAGUGGAGUUGCAAAGCGACUCUGAGGAAGUUCUAGUGACCUGGAGAGAGCGCAGAGGUACUUUAUAAGUGCCUGUAAACGGGAACUAUGACAGGAGGUGGGUGCGGCCCACUUAAACUUUUAGUAGGGUACGGAGAGAACCUUAUAUUUGUAAAAACAUGGUGGCGUUUCCUUGUGAAUAUAAGUAAAGUGGCGAUGGUGACACUAUGAUGGCUAAUCCAGGGCUGUAUCAGUAUGAAAAGAAACCAUUCAAGAAUAUUCACUAUGUGACUGGUAAUGUUUCAGUAAAGGAGAAUUUUUAAAAUGGAUCGGAACAAACGGAAUUCAAUUGCAGGAUUUCCUCAGAGGUUGGAUCGGUUUGGAGACUUUGAUGGUGGUGGUGAUGGAAAUGGUUUACAGAUUGGAAAAGUUUACACCUCCUCGUACAAAGCAUUAAUCGGUGCAUUCUCUAGGCUCACACGACUUGAUGAUUUUUUAUGUGAGAAAGUAGGAUCCGGAUUCUUUUCUGAUGUGUACAAGGUACGCCACCGAACAUCAAAUCAGGUGAUGGCUUUGAAGAUGAACACACUAAACAGUAAUCGCGCUAACAUGCUGAGAGAAGUGCAACUUAUGAAUAGACUUUCACACCCCAACAUACUGAGGUUUAUGGGUGUUUGUGUACAUCAGGGGCAGUUGCAUGCACUUACUGAGUACAUGAAUGGUGGAAACUUGGAGCAGUUAUUGGAUGGGGACCAGUAUCUGCCAUGGGCAGUACGAGUUAAGUUGGCAUUGGACAUUGCACAGGGACUAAACUACCUGCACUCCAAAGGCAUCUUCCAUCGUGACCUCACAUCCAAGAACUGUUUAAUAAAACGUGAUGAGAAUGGGCUCACUGCAGUAGUAGGAGACUUUGGGUUGGCUGAGAAAAUUCCAGAUGACAGUUCCGACUGCGAAAAACUGUCUGUAGUUGGGUCCCCAUUUUGGAUGGCACCAGAAGUCCUCCGUGGAGAGAUGUACAAUGAAAAGGCAGAUGUAUUUUCCUUCGGUAUCAUUUUAUGUGAGAUCAUAGCCAGAGUACAAGCUGAUCCAGACUUUCUUCCUCGCACUGAGAAUUUUGGACUAGAUUAUGAUGCAUUCCAGCACAUGGUUGGGGACUGUCCACCAGAUUUGUUACAGCUUUCCUUCAACUGCUGCAUUAUGAACCCAAAGCUGCGUCCUUCAUUCUCAGAGAUAGUUAAAGAGCUGGAGGAAAUCUUAAAUUGUUUGAAAGCUGAAGAAAGUGAGCGACAGCGACUGCAUGGUAGUACUGAGAGCCUUGACCAAAAAACAGUCACUGUCCUGAAAGGUGAAAAAGGCUUUGGAAUUAAACGGUUAAAUCCCAUCGAUAAUCUUGAUGACAAAAUACCUCUCAAAUCACCCCGCCCUCAUAGGAACAUCUGGCUAUCCCGCAGUCAGUCUGAUAUUUUUGGACGGAACUCAAACAGGAAAAUUUAUGUCCGGGAUCCUCAUUACACUUCAAAUGGUGGGCCUGGACGUAAGGUUAACCCAUUCAAUGCCAGAAAGGACCUAAAAGGAGGAAAGAUCAAGUUUUUUGACACACCUAGCAAAUCUGUUUUCUCACAUGUCUUUGAUUUACAGUCACCUGAGUCCACUGACUGCAUACUUCCUUAUCAAACUCCUUUUCGACAAACACUUGGCACAGAGUGGCAGGAUUCCUUGUUUCUUCCUUUGAGACGAUGUAGGUCUCUCCCAGUGUCUCCUGAGCUUCCACGUAAAGAGUGUGGUGCUGUUGGUGCCAUUUACACAGGCACUGGCAGGUAUGACCCUGUACAGCUUAGAAGUGAGAUGCAGCAGAAUGUCUUUUGCAGUAGCAGCUAUGCUGUACCUGAGAUUCCACCAUUUCAACCAAAAUCUUGUAGGAAGACGUCUUUCCCAUCCAUUGUAGAGCCAUUUGAGGUCAUGGACUGUUCAGAGUUCUUAGGAGUGCAAGAAGAAAACAGUUUGUGCACAGAGAGUACAGUAGAUGAGCAGCAAAAUAUGAAGAGUGCAGAGCUAACUCAACCAAAGUACUCAGAUUCACAGACUGAACAUAGGACAGCAGUAGGCAGAGGGGAAAGGGUAUCCGUUGGGAACACUGAAGCAUCGUCACCUUGUGAAGAGAUGGAGACUGAAGAGUUUCUGAUCAGAACAUCUCAUUUAGUAACCCCAGAAUCCAGCAAGUCUACAUUUAAUGCUUACACCACAGAGUAAUGUAUUGCUGUAAUCAUAGGACAGCAACUCAAAGCCAAGAUAAUGAAGGCUGUUAUCUGUCUUGCAGGUAUUUUUGUUGUACUCAGAACCAUGUGAUGUAUAAUAGAAAAAAGCAUGCAUUAAGCUGCAGUUUGUUUUUUCAGACUUGCGAAAAUUCCAUUUGUAUGUAUGUGUGAAAAUUAAUGUUAACAGUUCCCCAGAGGAGUUUUGAUUGUUUAAUUUCAAAAUCUCUCGUGUGUCUAAGAACACAAGUGAUAUUCAUAAAGACAUAAUACAGCAUGAGAAGAUCUCUAUUAAGAGCAUUUUUUAAAACUGCAUCACAGCAAUUCCUUUUCACUGAGAGUGUUUAUGCAUACCACUGUAAGGGGCCUUGCAUCUUUAAAAUUAUUUAGCCUCUACUGACUUUGGGCAGCGUUGAAGAACAGGCUCACUUUUUAAGGAAGUCCGUGGUCCAUGGUGCCUUCAAGUGUACUGUCUGCCAUUAUUCAAGUAGUAGAGCAGAAUGGGUUGCACUUUGGAAUACUGCUAGUAUAACUAAGAGCAUAACAUGGUUGGUGAUUAUCAUGAAUGAACUCCUCUUUACAUAAUCACAGCUGCUGCUGACUUUAGUUAAAAUCAAGACCUGAUGGGUGUAUUGGGCAUCAUUGCUUUACUCAGUAAAAACAUUCAAGCACUGUCUUUCAUAGGGUAUAGGUGAAAGACAAAAUCUAAUUAUGUAUUCUAUAAGUAUUUUUUGCUUCUUGGUGAAUGAAUACCAGUUUGCACUGUGAUGAAAGGCAGUUAUGCGCUUUUAUUAUGUUUGAAACAGGUUGUUUUGCUGAAUCACAGUUGGGUUAAGAGCUCCUUUUUUUUCUUAUAUUAGGUUAAGAUUUUUUUUAAAUUUGUGAUGUUAAAUUUUCACCAUACACCCCAUCAUAGAAGUCUC